UCCUCAAAUAUUUUAAGUAAGAUGACAUGCCACAAUUUCACCUUUUCCUUUCCACUUUUCACUCGUUGAACCACACCCACCUCCUCUCCUACAUCUCCGAUGACACACCACCACCCUUGUUCCCUGUGCUUACGGCAGCGAUCGGAGAAGAGAGGCGAAGAGAGAGGGAAAAGAUGAAGCCGGCGACGACAGUGCACGGCGACGAAGCCGUCACUCCGACGACCGGAGUCACGCCGGCAACGACGAGCGGCGGCGGGGAUGGUGGGUUCUCUCUCCAGCCGAUGAAGAUGAUGAUGUUAGCAGGCGAAGGCAGCCCGACGGCUGUGGUGGUUCGAGUGACGGCAGGGACUUCUGGCAGCGGUCCGGUGACAUUCAGAAUCGGGUGGUGGUCUCGUUGUCGGCUCAGGCACGGUGGAGCGUCAGCUCAGAUUUGUGCUCAGUUUUGAGUUCAGUUCGGGUCUCGUUACGGACGGGUCAACAGUCAACAACGGUCGGGCUUGGUCAGCAUUGGUCAACUCGUGGUUCGGGUAGUGCGGUUCAGUCAGACGGCUCGGUUCGGUUGACUCGGUCAAACCGAGUCAACUCGGUCAAACCCAGUCAACUCGGUCAACAGGUCAACACGGGUCAACUCAGUUCGCCUCUGGUCAACGGCAGUCAACUCACAGACCCGGUAAUGAAGUUUAAAUGACACGAAAUUCUUUUUAUCUAUUUCGUUGUUAUGAAGAUUAUAGUUAUACGCGACCGAGCUCUCGACCCGCUUCGACAAUAUAUUAAUCAUGUUUUGAUACUUUUGACGAAAACUACAUAUAUUGUUAUUACCUUGCAUUGAAAUAG